CCAGUGUGAUGCUGUUCCAAUUUAUUAUCGCCAUCUGUAACGGCAUCAACCCCACCACCAUCCUGAAUCUGGGUGGUUCAUACGACAAAAUUCUCUCGGGACAUGGUUAUCAGUUGUUGAAAGUUAAGACACUGGAACAUUGUCACAAAGUUUGCCUGUACUCUCCGAAAUGUUUGUCUGUAAAUUGGACCGUGAAGACAAAGUAUUGUCAACUGAACUCGGAAGACUCCGGUACUGGAACUCCUCUGAUGACGUCCACGGGAGACUUGUUCGUCCCUGCGGUGGGUUCCAACAUCAAGAAUCAUGCUUGCAUAUUAAGCCCAUGCAAGUUUGGAGAAGUGUGUAUUCCGGUGACGUCAGCGACAGACUUCGUAUGCUUGCUUCCAGAUGCUCAAGUAUCAAGAACAACUCAAUCUUCUACUUCGUCUACGAUGCCUACAACGCCGAUUCCGACAACGACACCAACAACAACACUAACAGCUCUGAUGACAACGACUCCAACCACAACUCCGACAACAACACCGACAACGACAGCAACGACCAUGACCACCACAACAACCACAACACCAGAUGAUCAAGUAUCAAGAACAACUCAAUCUUCUACUUCUUCUACGAUGCCUACAACGCCGAUUCCGACAACGACACCAACAACAACGCUAACAGCUCUGAUGACAACGACUCCAACCACAACUCCGACAACAACACCGACAACGACAGCAACGACCAUGACCACCACAACAACCACAACACCAGACUGCUCGACGUAUUCAGAUUCCUUCACAAGAAUUCAAGGAUACUUGGUCUUGGGACACAACGACAUAACCUUCUGGGACGCCAGCUCGGCACCAGCCUGUCAACAAUACUGCAUACAAGAAACGGCAUUCACGUGCAAGAGUUACGAAUACCUUUACCACAAUAAAAUGUGCAACCUAAUGUCCUUUAUAAAGGAUGAUGCUCUCAGCAUAUGGAAAGCAGUUUCGAGGGCAGAUUAUUUUGAACGUUUGCGUCAGUGUGAUGUCACAGACAACACUGAGGACGACAAGUAAAGGAAUAUAUAUCGAGAGAAACAUAGACUUGAGAGCCUAAUGUAACACGUGACGUAAAGACUUUACAACGGAUUUCCCUCCCUGCAUAAUGUGAUGUGCUCAGAAAUACUCCGUGGCUUUAACAAUAGUAAAUCAUGGGAGGCUCGUUUUGGGAUCAGGCUUUCAAUCGAACGAUUGCGACAUGACUGAAUUUAUGUGGGCUUUACAGCGUGUCAAUAUAGAUCUGGAAGAAAAACACGUAAUAAUUACGAUUUAUAUUUGCAAAAAUAGAAACAUUAAAGCUCUUAUUAUUUCGCUAUAUACCUCUGAUUUUCCAACACAGUAUGUUUAUCUUAAGUUUUUUUACAUGUAGAUAAGGAAAUGCGUCAACUUUCGAGACAAUAAUAACUUUAUUUGCUUUCUUCCGGGAUGACGGAUCAUGAGGAAUCAUAAAAAAACGUUGAUUCGCGAGAGGCGAAGAACCGACGAGAUUCCAGUGACAUUUUUAGACGUUAGACAGUCAGAUAAGGACAAACUUUAUGCAUGAUUAACUUUAUUCAGGUGAUUUGACGUUUGGAUACAGAUUCUAGUAACGUACUGUCGACUUUAUAGUUUCUGUUUGUUCUUCAGCAUUUCUUGAAAGAUCUGCCUGUAAGCUUGUAUCAUUACCAUCAUUACACGGAGGAAAAUAAAAAUAAAUACGCAGGAAAAUCACCCAAAGAUCUCAGAAAAUAACAACUGGAAAGAAUUAGUUUCUUCUUUUGUUUAAAACUGCUGUCAGCAACAAUCGAACUAUAUUCUUUGGGCCUGUAAAUAAUCGAGGUCAGUCAAUUGAUUGACAUCAUGAGCAUCCAUCAACGUAUUUGGAACAUGAUGACAUGUGUCAACCGAGUCUGACCAUCCCAUCCCCUCAGUUGCCUCUUAUGACAACCAUGGGUUGCUGGAAACUAGUUCUAACCUGGACGAUUUCUACAGCGCCAGACAACAAUGAAAAUAUAAAUGGAACAGAAUAUUCGACCAUUGCACACUAAUGAUACAAGUUUCUGUACAUUUCUUAAUUAAGCGCCAUGUUUUCUAAAUAGCGUGAACAAUAGAUGUGAUAUUUAGGGGAAAUGCGCAUAAAUCAUGAUAUUAGACAAUUCUUUUAGCUUUUCGUUGUGUUUGUUUGCACUGAGUCUCAAAUAUAGCGACGAGACACUAGUCGCUGUUCGUUUUGAACUAUUUGCCACAAGCAAAAUCACUGCAAAGUCACCAUCGUUGAAAAUGAGGCUAACAGUUUCACAAGAACACAGUUUCAAGGUGAUAAGCAAUGAUUAAGAUUAAGAUUCAAAAAUCCUGAGUUGACAAAAUGUUGAGACAAAAUAGUUUAUGAAUAUCAACUUUAUCAAUGAUAUCAAUGUUUCAUUAAUAUUUAUGUUUCAUCAAUAUGAUCCGCAUUGCCUUAUUCUAACUGUAAUGCCAUUUUACACAAAUUUAGAUGCCCAAUUGAGAGGACAAGAGCACUGUGGGGUAAAUGUAUUUUGUCAUUCAAGGUCUUCACACACAGAAAUAAAUCUGCUUAUCUAUUCUAACCCAAACCACACAAGAUGCACUGGUGUUUACUUCAAUGUGUAUAUACAGAUUUUCAAAGGCGUGGUUGAUUCUCAUUAUUAGACUUAUUCACAGUUGAUAUCAGCGAGUUAUUACCUUGAAACAAUCAUUUGCACUAACAUAAUAUACUUGGUAUUAAACGGAUGUUGUUAAUGAUAUAUGUACGUAUGCAUAUUCACCUUGUAUCCAAUUUUGUUUCAAUCAAUAAAACUACAUUGGUAAGAAUCCA